AGCUCUUUUCCGGUGCACAUGGCGACGGAAGCCACGUUGACAUCAAUUAGUGCAAAAGCGUCCAGAUUUCAGAACCGAAGCUUCUAAACACUUCGAGUCUCGGUGAAGGUGUGACAUCAUCAAGAUGAGUGUUGGCUUUAUUGGAGCGGGUCAGCUGGCACACGCGCUGGUCAGGGGGUUCACAGCAGCAGGUGUAAUCACAGCAAACCGAAUCACAGCGAGUUCACCUGACACAGAUCUGCCCACAGUCUCCGGUCUGAGGAAAAUGGGUGUCAAUUUUACGACAAGCAACAAGGAAGCCGCACAUAAGAGCGACGUUCUGUUCCUGGCAGUGAAACCGCACAUCAUCCCGUUUGUUCUGGAUGAAAUCGGUCCAGAUAUUGAAGAUCGUCACCUCAUCGUCUCCUGUGCUGCUGGAGUCACGAUCAGCUCUAUUGAGAAGAAACUGCUUCAGUAUCGUACGACUCCUAAAGUGAUGCGUUGUAUGACGAACACGCCGGUAGUGGUGCGCGAGGGUGCUACGGUUUACGCCACGGGAACGCAUGCUGAUCUGGAGGAUGGGAAACUGCUGGAGCAGCUGAUGGCGAGUGUGGGGUUCUGUACGGAGGUGGAGGAAGAUCUGAUCGACGCCGUGACUGGACUGAGCGGCAGCGGACCUGCUUAUGCGUUUACGGCUCUCGAUGCUCUCGCUGAUGGAGGGGUGAAGAUGGGGUUGCCACGGAGACUGGCGGUGCGACUGGGAGCUCAGGCGCUGCUGGGUGCGGCUAAAAUGCUCCUGGACUCAGAGCAGCACCCCGGUCAGCUGAAAGACAACGUCUGCUCACCAGGUGGCGCUACCAUCCAUGCACUGCACUUCCUGGAGAGCGGCGGAUUCCGCAGUUUGCUCAUAAACGCUGUGGAGGCGUCCUGCAUCAGGACACGGGAGCUGCAGUAUCUGGCUGAUCAGGAGAAGAUUUCACCCGCUGCGAUUAAGAAGACCACGCUGGAUAAAGUGAUGCAGCAGCCGGGCGUCACCGUAACAUCUGUGGGCACCAAGAGCAGAGUGAACCUAUUCAACAACCGGAGCGGAGUCCAGAAGAAAUGAACGCACACUUACAUAUUAACAUUCUUACAAAGGACAUACAAGAUUACCCAGCAUUAGCUGGCAGCGCUGUCCGUCCAUGUGUACAUACACUGACUGACAUCAACUGAAGUGCAUUUUGAAUCUGUAUGCUGUCAAAAAGAGCGCCACCUCUGGACAGGUACAAUAUUACACCAUUACACAAAGGUACAGCUCACCCAAAACUUUAAAUUCUUCCAUCAUUAACUUACCCAUAAGUUGUUCCAAACCUGUAUGACUUUCUUCACUCUAAACACAGAUUUAAUGCGGAAUGAUGGCCUUGGUCACCAUUCACUUUCAUUGCAUCUUUUUUUCAUACAAUGAAAGUGAGUGGUGACUGAGACUGAACAUACUGCCUAACAUCUCCUUUUGAGGUCUGCGUAAGGAAGAUCAUUCCUUUAAGGAGAUGCUUGCAGCAUAAUUUUUGUAUUAAGACUUAAAUGUGUCUAGGUCUAUGGAAGUAAAAGUAGGAAAGAAGUCAAAUGUAAAUGUUUUCAAACAGGUUGUAUGGUCACAGUUUCAUUUUGGAUGACAGUGUUAUUAUGAGUUGUUUAUUUAAACACGGCCCUUCACAACGGUCUCGGGACAUCAGCGCACCUAUGAGCUGUUACAGGAAGUGAUGUCACACAAACAGCUAUCGUGCUUGGAUGAUUUUCCUUGUUUUGCUCUUUGAAUUUAAUUUCUCCACUUCUUGGUCUCAUUUUUUCCUUUAUUCAAAGAUCUCUUUAAUUCAGAACUCAAUAUAUUACCUAAUUGGUGGUGUUUUUUUUAGACCUGAACACCCAUUUAUAGUGUUUUGUUGUUUGUAGUCUUUCAUUUGUAAGUGGACUGUUGUCUGUAUGUGUGUGAGGUUUAAUCUGCCUGUUAUCAAUGUGUUUCUAAUGUAAAAAUAUGAAACCUCAACAUAAAUGGUGCUUAAAGAAGACUGAGUAAAAUAUAUAGCUCUUUUCUGCUUACACAUGUAAUUUAACUUCAUUGAUUAACUGUGUUCCUGAUGAGGGAGAGUUUUGUUUGUUUCAGCAGUAUCAUUAAAGCAAGAGAGACUAUGAAUAAUUAAUGUUUUUUUAAGCAAAUUAACCCAAGGCUUUUCUCUGAAAUACAUUACUGAAGUUUACAGGAGAACAAGCACUGCGACAUGAGCUGUUAAACUGCGAUCCGUUUAAACUAAACAAAAAAAACAUUGCGCAGGUUUUUU